AUGACACAAAAAAAAGUUUUAUUUGUGCUUACAUCUCACGAUAAACUGCUCAAUGGACAUUCAACUGGAUGGUAUCUACCCGAGGCUGCUCAUCCAUAUUACGCACUCGAACCUUAUUUUAAAAUCGAUUGGGCUAGCCCUAAGGGUGGUAAAGCACCAUUGGAUCCUUCUUCACUUGAUAAAUUAAAAGAUGAUCAUAUCUGUGUUCAAUUUCUUGAUGAUGAGAAGGCAAAACAAGGAGGAUAUGAGAAUACAAAAAAACUAAGUGAAAUCAAUCCAAAUGAUUAUGUCGCUCUGUUUUAUGUGGGUGGUCAUGGACCUUGUUUUGAUUUACCGGAAGAUGAAGUCAGCAUUAAAUUGGCAGAAGCCAUUUGGAAUCAAGGUAAAAUUCUAUCAGCAAUCUGUCAUGGUCCCGUCGCUCUCGUUGGAGUCAAAGAUGUCGAUGGUAAAUCAAUUUUUGCUGGUCGACGAGCAACAUCAUUUAGUAAUGAAGAAGAAGCUCAAGUCAAAACAACAGAUGCUAUUCCGUUUCUUGUUGAAACUCGUCUGAAAGAACUUGGAGCGAAUCUAGAAUGGAUAACAGCACUUUAUAUACCCGAUGCAAGUUAUUAUGGUCAGCUCGAUUUUCGAACACUGGCCAGUUCACAGUUUGAACUACUUAAGACAUUAUGUACACUAGUACAUACCACACUUCUUGACGUGUUAUCCGAUUUGAACAACACACAAUUGGUCACCACUCGUGUACUACUAGAAACCCAAAUUGAAAUUCAAGCAAAAGUUCGCGGUCAACAAGCUCAAUCUGAUGCAUUAUCACGUAUAAAUAAUGCGCUCAAACUGAUCGAACUAACAACACGUGGCAAUCAACUUAUUUCAGCUAUGAAUACAAAUUAUGUGUUUGCACUCUAUAGUUAUAUGGAAGGUCAAUUACCGCUUUGGUUGGUAGGCAAUACAAUUUGGUACUUGCCUGUCAAUAACCAAACUAUACGAUGUGAUUGUAAUCAAUACACAUGCAGUUAUCCAGCAGGUUUCUAUCAAUUAGCUGACAAUGAAAAUCCAUAUCCUCGUUGGUUCGUUAGACCGCAACAGUACAAUGUUACGGAUAUUGUACCAGGCUUUGUAGGAUCUUGCACACCUCUUGAAUCGUUACUUCAAACAACAUUUAUCUGUCUCUACAAUGCAACAUGUAUAGCAAAAUUAAUCAAAUACUUUCCACAACUUGCUCAAGUAAAUAAAAUAAAAUAA